AUGGAUAUCGAAACAAAAAAAAGAAGACAUCCAAACAACACUUGUAAUUGCAAAUGUCAUACUUGCAAUUGCUGUACAAGAAAUACAGAAGAUGAAGGAAAAAUAAAUUGCAAACAGAUACCAAUAUCCAAUUUCAAAUUAAUUGUAUAUCAAGAUGAAGGGAGCAAUUAAAAAGGACAAGAUUUUUAAUAACAAGAGACUUUUUCAUUGGAUCCAACAAAAAAAGAAGUAGAAAAAAUUUAAAUAGGAAGCCAAUCAAUUGAUUUUUUGAGAAGAUUAAAAGAAGAAAUGCUAGAGAAAUACAAUUCCCAAAAUAAAGAUGAUAGUUUUGAAGAAAUCAUUCAAGCAAAUAUCUAGAGAAAAGAUGAAAUAAAAGUAUAGUUGAGUGAAAAUGAUAUGAUGGAUUAAAUUCAGGAGAUUUCAGAAGAAGACAUAAAAUAAAAAAUUAAAGAAAAUAUAAUGACAGAUUUUUUGGAUGCUUUUGAGAAAUUAAGGAUAUAAUUGAGGAAUAUAACUUAUUUGAAGGUAAAAACAAAUCCAAUAACCUCAAAAAUUGAGGAAAAAAUGGAAAUUUUAUUAAAAAAUAUCACAAAUUUUAUUUGGGCUGCUUCUUUGGAAUCUUAAAGUGAAUCUGACACUCAAGCGAAAAGAAUAUUCAGAUUUGAUCUUUUAAAUUUUGAAGAGGAUGAAUUUGGCGAGAUGUAUAGAAAUUAAAUGAUAUGGUUGUUUAAGAAACAAUGCUUUUCCAAUAAAGACCUUGUCUAGAAGUUCCUAAUUGCAGAUGAUAAAAUCGACUCAAUUUUAUAAGAUAGAAAAGUAACUUUGUAAUGGUUGAGUUAGAUUUUCAAAAAUAAUGAUGAGAUGAAAAAAUAAAUUACUUCGAUUGGAGAAGAGGUUCUUAAAUUAGGAUUUUAAAUAGAUAGUUGA